AAAGCGGCAGCCAAGCCGAAUAGUGUGGCCAAAGGGAAGCAGAAGGAACGCGCGCUCACUCCACCUCCAAACCGACUCAUGUCCACAAAGGCCAAGUCAGAAAAGCAGCCAUCUACUGCUGUUAACCCAAAAUCGACCCCCUUAUCUCCCCUUCCAUCCGCAUUUAAAAUUGUCGCUGGAUCUUACGAAAAACUUCUGUACGGUCUCGAAGGCACAGUCUCUGCCUCGUCCUCGGAAGAUCUUACUUUCUCCCUAAAACCGUUAUUCAUCUUUCCGGCACAUGUAUCAUGCGUGAAAGCAGUGACUGCCUCUCCGCAAGGCGGUAAAUGGCUUGCAACUGGCAGUGCAGACGAGAUCAUCAAGGUAUGGGACCUACGACGGCGGCGAGAGAUUGGAGGGUUGAUGCAUCAUGAGGGUUCCGUGACCCACCUUAGCUUCCCCUCGCGGUCACAUCUGCUCUCGGCUUCUGAGGAUGGCACGCUCUGUCUUUUCCGUGCGCGCGACUGGAGUGUCCUUCGUGCUUUGAAAGGACAUAAGGGACCGGUCAACUCUGUUGCUGUUCACCCUUCAGGCAAAGUUGCGUUGAGCGUUGGGAAGGACAAAACACUCCGGAUGUGGGAUCUUAUGCGCGGCCGCGCGAGCGGCAGCACCAAACUGGGCGUCGAAGGAGAGCUGGUGCGCUGGUCUACAUCGGGUUCGUUACUGGUCGUCCAAUAUCAAAAAACCAUCGACGUCUACUCGAACGACCUUACCCGCUUACACACCGUCAUCCACCCGUCUCGCAUACAAGAUGUCAAGUUUGUCCAACGCGUCACUGGUGUUGACGAGGUUCUCCUAGUAGCUGCCGAGGACAAGAAAGUCACGGUCUAUGAUGUCGGCGCUGACUGCAAAAUUGCUCCCAAACCUAUAGCAGAGUUUGUAGGGCAUGAGAAUCGAGUGAAAGCCAUGGACACGCUUCGCAUUGCCUUACCCAUCCCGUCCCGUCCCUCGACGACGAUUCUCAGCACUGUAUCUUCCGACGGAAAUAUUCACGUCUACGACCUCUUCGCUAUCCCCCCGCCACCAACAAACGCUGAAACAGCUGGCGGUAAUGAAAAGCCGUCCAUCGUCCCUGUAGCAAUCUACGACUCAAAAGGUAGCCGUUUGACCUGUGUAACGCUGGCGGACGGCGAAAUCAGUGGGGACAGUGUGGCUGUCGGUGACAAGCGGAAGAGAUCAGACGAGGAGGAAAAUGAUGGGGAAGCGGAAGUAGAGUGGCCUUCGGAGCAAGGAGAUCAUGAAGAGGAGGAAGAGGAAGAGGAAGAGAACGAGGAGGAGGAAGAGGAAGAGGAAGAAGAAGAA